AAUAUGAAUUUAAAGUUCCUCCCUGGAUCUUUCCGCGCUGCCAUCGUGGUGCGCACGAAUGUCCUGGCCGAUGCUCUCAAGAGUAUCAACAAUGCCGAAAAGAGGCAAGCGCCAGGUUCUUAUUAGGCCGUGCUCCAAAGUCAUCGUCAGGUUUCUAACUGUGAUGAUGAAGCGUGGUUAUAUUGGCGAAUUUGAAAUCAUCGAUGAUCACAGGGCUGGGAAAAUUGUUGUGAACCUCACAGGCCUACUAAAUAAGUGUGGAGUGAUCAGCCCCAGGUUUGAUGUGCAACUCAAAGAUCUAGAAAAAUGUCAGAAUAACCUGCUCCCGUCCCAUCAGUUUGGUUUCAUUGUACUGACAACCUCAGCUGGCAUCAUGGACCAUGAAGAAGCAAGAUGAAAACACACAGGAGGGAAAAUCCUUGGAUUCUUUUUCUAGGGAUGUAAUACAUACGUGCAAAUAAAAUGCCUCAGAGGACUCUGGUGCUUC